ACCCGGUCUCUGCGGCGUAGUGAGGAGGAGCAGCUCCUGGCCAACUUCUGCUGGUGUGUGCAUGCUCUCUUCUGUCCGAGGCAGGUCUGUGAGGUGGCAGGAACAGCCUCCGCGACCUCAAGCAACUUUUUAAGCCACUCUGAGCCACCGCCACCUCCACCACCACCACCACAACAACAACAACAACAACAACAACAACAACAAGAACACAAAGUCUAGAUCAUAAAGACGACUGAUAGGCUUGGACAUAGAUCCUGGAGGCAAUCCAAGACUUUGAAAGGCUGCUUUUUUCUUUCUCUCUGUGUGUGUGCGUGUGUGUGUGUGUGACUGUGUGUGUGUGUGUGUGUGUGUGUGUGUGAGAGACGCAGACAGACAGUGUCUGGUGGGAGAUACUGCUGCUGCCGGACCGAAGGGGAGAAUCCCGCUGCAGCUCCGGAGGAUGGCAGAGUCCAGGGGGAGAUGAGAGGAGGAGAGCUGGGGAGGUCUGUGCGCGGAGCAGUCUUUUGUCCUGAGCUCUCCCCGCACACUUGGACCGGAGCGGACAAUAUGAAGAUGAGCAUGGAAUGCAGAUGGAUCGGUCAGGACAAGUUCCCAAUAUAGAGCUUCCUGUUUGGAGUUACACCUGAGAGUGACUGUGUCUGAUGGAUUAUGGUGUUUUUCUAUGAGCUGCUGACAUGAUUUCAGAGGCCAGUGAGAUGUGGAAGUGCUCGCCUUCAGGAGAAAUCUGAGACCCGGAUGAGCCUUCGAGCACCACGAGAACAUUUAAGUGAAGGAGACAAACCAUGGACUUGUUAUGGUGUGGCGUUGGACCAACCGAGUGCUUUUAACCCGUUUGUAGCACCCUCUACCCCCACCCCAUGUCACAUCUUUCGCUGAAUUAUGGAAAUUUUGUGGAAGACACUGACUUGGACACUGGGCCUGGUGGUGAUGGCUGCUUCUGAAUUCCAAAGCGCCAACAGACCUUCGCACGACUCCCAAGAGGAGUUCCUGUCCUACCUGCAGCACUACCAGUUGACUGUCCCGAUGCGGGUGGACGAGAACGGCGAGCUCCCGAGCUACACUGUGAAGCACCACCGGCCGGGCCGACGGAGACGAGGGGCGGUGGACCCCAUAAUGGGACCAGUGCCCGCGCUGGACCCCGACCCUCCGGAGUCCCGGCUGUUCUACAAACUGUCAGCCUAUGGAAAGAACUUUCACUUAAACCUGACACUCAACCCCCACCUGGUGUCGAAACAUUUCACAGUGGAGUAUUGGGGCAAAGAAGGGCUGGAGUGGCGUCACAACGUGGUAGAUAACUGUCACUAUGUCGGAUUCUUGUGGAAUCAGCACAGCACGACCAGAGUGGCGCUCAGCAAUUGCAAGGGCCUGCAUGGCGUUAUAACAACGGAGGAAGAGCAGUAUUUAAUAGAGCCAUUAAAGAACAUAUCCUCCACCACCUCCAGUGAAUGGAACCUGGAAGAAGCACAGCAACAUGUUAUUUAUAAAAUGUCUGCCAUUCCCUCGCCGCAAGAGCAUAGCCAGGAGUUCAGCUGUGGCAUUUCAGACCUCAUUAAAAGCAGUGCACCAUGCCAGUUUAACACACCUUCCCCUGUCCACUCGUCCCCUGUUCCCCAAAAUGACAGCGAGCGGCCGACCAGCACUCACAGACAGAGGCGCUCUGUCAGCUCUGAGCGCUUUGUGGAGACGCUAGUGGUCGCUGAUAAAAUGAUGGUCGGUUACCACGGACGCAAAGACAUAGAGCACUACAUCUUGUCUGUAAUGAAUAUUGUUGCCAAACUUUACCGUGAUGCCAGUCUAGGAAAUGUUGUGAACAUUAUUGUGACCCGGCUGAUUGUUCUGACUGAAGAUCAGCCCAAUUUAGAGAUUAACCAUCAUGCAGACAAAUCUCUGGACAGUUUUUGUAAGUGGCAGAAGUCCAUCUUGUCUCAUCACAGUGACGGCAACAGUAUUCCUGAAAAUGGGAUGGCUCAUCAUGACAACGCUGUCCUGAUCACCCGGUAUGACAUCUGCACCUACAAGAACAAACCCUGUGGUACCUUAGGCUUGGCCUCGGUGGCGGGAAUGUGUGAGCCAGAGAGGAGCUGCAGCAUCAAUGAAGACAUCGGCCUCAGUUCUGCUUUCACCAUUGCGCAUGAGAUUGGCCACAAUUUUGGGAUGAACCACGAUGGGAUCGGGAAUUCCUGUGGUACCAAAGGCCACGAGACAGCCAAACUGAUGGCCGCUCACAUAACAGCCAACACCAACCCUUUCUCCUGGUCCGCCUGCAGCAAAGACUACAUCACCAGCUUUCUCGACUCAGGUCGGGGGACGUGUCUGGACAAUGAACCUCUGAAACGAGACUUCCUGUACCCAACAGUGGCCCCGGGGCAGGUGUACGACGCAGACGAACAGUGCCGCUUCCAGUACGGAGCCUCCUCACGCCAGUGCAAGUACGGGGAAGUGUGUAGAGAGCUCUGGUGCCUUAGCAAAAGCAACCGCUGUGUCACAAACAGUAUCCCGGCUGCAGAGGGGACUCUGUGCCAGACUGGGAGCAUCGAGAAAGGGUGGUGCUACCAGGGGGAGUGUGUUGCGUUCGGUACCUGGCCUCAGAGUGAGGACGGAGGCUGGGGGCCCUGGUCGCUAUGGGGGGAGUGCAGCAGGACCUGUGGGGGUGGUGUAUCCUCCUCCAUGAGGCACUGUGACAGCCCAGCUCCGUCUGGCGGAGGCAAGUACUGUCUUGGAGAGAGGAAACGCUACAGAUCCUGUAACACUGACGCCUGCCCUGCAGGAUCCCGGGACUUCCGAGAGAAGCAGUGCGCCGACUUUGACAGCAUGCCUUUCCGUGGGAAGUACUACAACUGGAAGCCUUACACUGGUGGUGGUGUUAAGCCCUGUGCUCUGAACUGCCUGGCAGAGGGCUACAACUUCUACACUGAGCGCUCUCCUGCAGUCAUAGAUGGCACCCGAUGUCAGGCUGACUCUCUGAACAUUUGCAUCAAUGGAGAGUGUAAGCAUGUGGGCUGCGACAACAUCCUGGGAUCUGAUGCCAAAGAAGAUCGCUGCCGUGUGUGUGGUGGGGAUGGCAGCACCUGUGAGGCCACAGAGGGACUCUUCAAUGAGACUCUACCCAGAGGAGGCUACAUGGAGGUGGUUCAGAUCCCAAAAGGAUCGGUUCAUAUCGAGAUUAAAGAAGUUGCCAUGUCCAAGAAUUAUAUUGCGUUGAAAUCUGAAGAGGACGAUUAUUACAUCAACGGAGCGUGGACCAUCGACUGGCCCAGGAAGUUUGACAUCGCAGGGACGGCCUUCCACUACAAGAGACCCACCGACGAACCGGAGUCUUUGGAGGCGCUGGGGGCUACCACAGAAAACCUGUUUGUCAUGGUCCUCCUUCAGGAACAGAACAUGGGAAUACGCUACAAGUUCAACGUGCCCAUCCAGCGCACAGGAAGUGGUGACAACGAGGUGGGCUUCUCUUGGCACCACCUGCCCUGGUCUGAGUGCUCGGCUACCUGCGCUGGGGGUUCCCAGAAGCAGGAAGUGGUGUGUAAGAGGCUGGACGACAACUCGGUGGUGCAGAACAGCUACUGUGACCCAGACAGCAAACCUCCGGAGAACCAGAGGGACUGCAACACUGAGCCGUGCCCCCCAGAGUGGUUUAUCGGUGAAUGGUCAGAGUGUGGGAAGACGUGCGACGGCGGGAUAAGGACGAGGACCGUCCUCUGCAUCAGGAGGAUCGGGCCCGCCGAGGAGGAGACGCUGGAGGACACCCACUGUCUGACUCACCGGCCUAUCGAGCGGGAGUCCUGCAACAACCAGUCCUGCCCGCCCAAGUGGGUCACUCUGGAUUGGUCAGAGUGCACACCUAAAUGUGGCCCGGGCUAUAAGCACCGGAUCGCCUUGUGUAAGAGCAGCGACCUGACAAAGACCUUCCCGCCCGCCCACUGCCCGAGCCACAACAAACCUCCGGUCCGAAUCCGCUGCAGCUUAGGGCGCUGUCCUCCUCCUCGCUGGAUCCCUGGUGAAUGGGGACAGUGUUCAGCGCAGUGCGGCCUGGGCCAGCAGAUGAGGACGGUGCAGUGUCUGUCGUACACCGGGCAGCCGUCUAACGAGUGCGCCGAGUCCCUCCGACCCACCACCAUGCAGCAGUGUGAGAGCAAGUGCGACGCCACCCCCAUUUCCAACGGCGACGAAUGCAAAGAUGUAAACAAAGUGGCCUACUGCCCGCUGGUGCUGAAGUUCAAGUUCUGCAGCCGAGCGUACUUCAGACAGAUGUGCUGCAAGACCUGCCAGGGACACUGACCCUUGGAGCACGAGAGCGAGGCGCAGUGAGAGAGCGAGCGAGAGAGAAUGGCCAGGAUGAAGAUGGAGGGAGGCGUUGAAAGGGAGAGAGGAAGAAGAGAACAGGGAAGAUUGGAAAACAAAACUCUGCACCAGUGGAAGACAGACUAAGUGACCUACUGGUGAAAGAGGAGGAGAGAAGUAAGGACUUCCCUGUUCGUCACACCCGAACCUCCUGCCCUCCAUCAUGGUGGAAUCCAAACCACUGCUCAGCUCAUAACGCUGACACAAACUCCUCCUUUUCUUUCUUUUUUUUUUAACUUUCACUUCUGUGAAGUGGAACUUGGAAGAUUAUUUCGUUGGUGAUGUUAUUUUUUUAUUAUAAUAAUAAUUAUUGAUAUCAGUGUUAGUCUUCCUCCGUGUUUGUUGUUUUGUAUGAAUCCAAAGUGCUGGACACGCUCACACAGGAUGUACCCCGGAGACGGACAGAUGGAGGGGGGGGGGGGGGGGGGGCAACCCCUCACCAGAAGCGGGGGAUGGGAGUUGAACGCGUUGGACUCCGGUCUUUGGGGGCGACUGUGACGGUGCUAUUGGCAGGCAGACUUUUGGCUUCAGUGCACUUUCUUUGUGUAAAUACUAUUAUUUACAACUCACCGCUCAAAUACGACAGAGAAAACCCCAUCAGUGUACUGUAUAUUUAUUGUACAAUUCCAAACAGAGCUGAGAUAUUGUCCUCUGGUCAUGUUUUUUUGUCAGAUAGUAGCCUACUGUCACGGAAGGGAAUGUAAUGUGAUUGAAUUUCAAUGUCUCUGUGCUGGAAUGAAAAUAUUACAUACUGUAAGAUACGUUAAACCCUUAUAUACUGUAAGGUUUUUGUGUAUGAUAUAUAAUGUUUAUCCUGGACCAGAAAAUACCAUGUGGUUGUAGGAGAGCUUUUAAUUCACCUCUUCUUCCCCCAGACGGGUGCCUUAGUUCCUAAUACUCAGAGUUCACCCAGUGUCAGAUCAGAGUGGUGCGAGGCUACUUUCAGACGGUGCCUGGGCCACAUGAAACACUGUUACCAAACUGGCCUUUACCAAACAUCCUAUGGAGGAGCUUUCAGUUCACUAUUGAAGGAUUCAUUUUGAAGGAGCACGUUCUAUGAAGCAGCUUGUUCCCUGGCAAUGCAAGUGCAGUCACUAUUUUCUUUCCUCUUUCAAGCCGGACGGUUGUUGAAUCAGAUGGUGGUUUGGUCGGCGGUCGCGUUUUUUGUGUUUUGUGCCCGAGUUGGACGAGACGAUCCAAGAGACCGCUCCCGUGUCUGUGCACUAGAUGUGAAGCUGGAGCCAGGAGACGUUCGCCCGAGACGUUCACGGCGUGAAGACUGGACACCUGGGCGGGGGCGCGGGGGCGGGGGGGGACAGCUGGAACGGCUCCGUCUAAAAGUCAAUAAAUGUUCCUUUAAUGCGACGUAGGCUCUUCUAGGUUCCCAAGAAGGUUUCAAACCAAACGGAUCAAACCGGGACAGUGAAUAAGAGGAUGCGUGAAGCUCGGACAAAUGCAUUGACUGCUUCACCGCCGCUCCGGGGCCAGUGUGCAUCGCGGGACAAACGCUGAAGAGGCACUGACCCAUGUGGCUAUCGUGCCCGAAAUGGCUCGACAGCCCGUCUCUGUUUCUGGGGGCUCGGUCCAGCCAAGGAGUGGUGAAGCACAUAAACGCCCCCGUUUAACAUUUAACACUUUAUUCGCCGCGGUUUACGCAGGUAAAUCAGGGAGCUUUACACGCCGCUCAUAGACGCCGAUUUCAAAAAAGCUGCGACAGCUACACCCCUGCGCCCCCUGCUGAGCACCGACACACUCAAAUGAAAACGGCCCAAAAGAAUGGCCUCGGCUUAAUGCAAACGUUGAACUGACGCAGUGUGAGCGACAGCCAGGACGAGGGCCGACUAAUAUAUCUAGAUUCCAGCGGCAACGGAAGUGAAGAGUAAUACUCCAUCGCGGCGAGGUACUUUAAAAAACAAAAUAGAGGAAGAAUAUGAUCGGCGGAGUCUGCAGUUUCCCCCCCGCUUCCUAUGACAGGUCUUUUGGUCAGUUAGCAGCAAAUUAAAAAAAAGAAGAACAAUAUGUUGCAACCAAAGUCAACCAGCUUUGUUGACGCGUCGUCCAAAAUGAACUGCCCGGGUAACAGCAGAGCGUGUGAAUUAGAACUGCAGACUCACGAAAAGGCCCGAUUCUUUUCUCUCUCCCUACUUUGUGUCUGUGUGUGUGAACGCACCGUGGGGGUCGUCGCCAGGUUUUCCGUUUGCCCCCUCUCUGGUCUUUUUGCGCCAACAUUGCUCCGGCUUCACAUCCAAGCGCACACACACGGGCGUGGUGUUAAUCAUCUCAUCUAACUCUCUGCAAGAAAAAACGUGAAUAAGCAUAUUUCCCAAAAUGUCUGACUAUGCCUUUGAAUGCGGGGCCAGCGCUUAAUAUACAUACACACCAGGCAAAUGUGGAGAUUUCCCCAGACCACAUAUCUCCGGAUAAUGUUACUCCCUCAUCCUCUUUCUCUCUCAUCAUCAGCAAAAAGAGAAAAAAACAGCCAACUCAGACCCCCCCCCCCCCCUCUUUUUUUCCCAAUUACUUUAUUGUUUUUUCUUCUUCUUUAUUUCCAUGAAGUACUGUGUUUACCUCUUCCUUUCCUCCUCUGCUCCAAGGGUCACGGCCUUCCCAGGCUUCUUUCUGGUGCUAUCAAGUGGGUGCUUCCAUUCCGCCCUCUCCAGUGUGCUUAAAAGUGAGGCUGGAUCCAAACAAUAUGAAAUAAUAUCCUGUCAAUAUCUCUGUUGGUAAAUGCUGGUCAUGUCAUUGUUUUUGUUUCGUAUCUGUUUAUACCUCACACUGGGAAUUUGUCAUUGUUAACCGUGUAUUGAUGUUUGUGCGACCAACACAGUGGACACUCGCCCAGUUGUAACCGAUCCCUUUGCCCGGGCGACAUUUCUGCCGGUGUUGGGGUUACGAAAGGGAACGCCCAUGAAAUGUCUCCAUCGCACACUCGUGGUGGAGGUACAGUAGGAGUCUGAGAUAAUCCGAGAGCCGAUGUAGGCGCGUGCAAGGAUCUCAUCGAAGCUGUUAACAACUAAUUUCUAUUUUUUUUGUUUGCUGCUGCUACUUCUUCGUAGCCACCUUCAGUAUGACGAUGUCGAGCGGGUUUCAGCGGUUGCCUAAACCUUGAGCGAGGCGGUCGGGAGAGGACAGUGGAUGCUCAGAAAGCAUUUUUGAAAUUGCUUGGACGUACUCAUCUACUGGCUGUGGGACACGGAGCCUCCAGAAAAAAGAAAGAAGUGAAAUCAAUCAAACUGGUACUCAUUGCUGUGAACUCGGAUGUUUGAAUGUCACAUUGCUAUUACCUGUACCUAAAGUGCAACAGAAAUGAAAAGUAUCAUGUGAUUCGUUGCGUAUAUUUUAUAUUCGGUAUUAAUGUUGGUACACUGUUACUAAAUUUUCUUUUUCAAAUGUAAAUUAUAUGCUAAUUUAUUGCGUUGUCUCACUUGUACAUUCAUUUCACUGCAUGGAAACUGAAAACUUAGCAUAGUGGGAAAAAAAAAAUGCAGCGAUGCAGCCCUUCACCAACAUUUUCCUUUUUUUUUUUUUAAAGUAGAUACAAUAAAAAGAGCAGCUUUUAAAGAGGA